AUGUCCUAUCCAUGCGCGAGUUGCCAUACGUCCAUAUUCUAAAGUUUUUUCAUCUAUCCCAAAAAAAACGCAGUUUCUUACAGAAAAUAUACGAAAGUGGAACUGUUAUUGUACAUGGAUGAUGUCGAAGGUAAAAUUUGUUUAACAGGUACAGGGUUGCAGUUGUCUCUAAGCUCCGCAUUCACCAGAU